AUGGAUUUUUGGAAUUUUACUUGUAAGCCUGCAAGCUUUGAUUUAAUAAUAUUUGACGAUGAUUUCGUAUUGGAGAGAGAAGUUUGUAAAGCACUUGGUGAUGAAGAUGUUUUCGUAUUGGAGAGAGAAGUUCGUGAAGCACUCAGUGAUGAAGAUGAUUUCGUAUUAGAGAAAGAGGUUCGUGAAGCACUUGGGAAUCUUAAAGUACUCAGUGAUGAAGAAGAUAAUUUCGUAUUGAAGGGGGAUCAUAAAGUUUCUGAUGACAUAUUGGAGGUUCGUAAAGCAGUUUCUUUCUCAUCAACAUUAGGAGGGACAAGAUAA